GCCAACAACACUGAAAACAAAAACAGAAAUUAUACAUGAGAGAAUUGGCUAUGAUCCAAAACCAAAAGCGCAGCCAUCAAAAUUACCUAUUGUUAAUUAAUAAAUUUGCUUGAAACUUUUGGUUAUAAACAGAUUAGAAAGAGAUGAACAAACUUCCAUUGCUCAAGCAGAAUUAUUUGAGAAGUUGGAUUUAUAAGACAUUUAAUAAGAAUAUAAAAAGCCAUUUCAUUAGUCAAAACAAACAUGAGUCAGUAAUAAAAGUUUUUGCAUCCCAUGGAAUUGCACAUAGAAAAAGGUAUGAUUAUGUACAGACUUCAGAAAAACUUACAGAUAAUGAAUCACAAAAGAUUUCUUUCAAAGGGACAACUGGUAGGGUUGAGAGAAGUGAUUGCAAUGGUUUAUUGAAGAGAACAGUGUGUAUAAACUGUUUGGCUCAGCAGACUGGAGAUGUAGCUUUCAGGAAUCCUGUAAGAUAUUAUUGCAGUGAAAUAGAAAAAGACAAUACAAUCGUUGGUGUUGAUGAAGAGAACCAUAGAGAGGAAGAUGAUGGAGAAAAUAUUGCUGAAGCGGACAGUUUGCUAAAGGAUAAUGUAUACAAUGAGUGUGUUAAGCAGUAUUGUAGUCUACCUGAUGCUGGACACAGAGUCUUUAUUCUACAGCUUGUUAUGACUGGAAGCUUAAGGAAACAGAAUACAUCAGCACCUCAUCUUCAGUUGGCAGAAAAUGAAGCACUUGUACAUUCCAUACCUCGAUGGACUGUGGUCAAUUCUGAAACUGUGAAAGUAAAGGAACAGCAAAGUAUACGUAUGAUGACAAAAGCCUUUGAAACUGUGACAGAAAAAAUCCGAAGUACACCAGGAAUCAGUGCUGUGUUUAUAUCAAGAAAUAUUUUGUCCGCUGAACAGCGUGUUCUGGCUCAGAGACUUUGGCAUCUUCCAGUCUUUGAUAGGUCAUUUAUUGUGACUCAAGUGUUUAAAGCACAGGCACAAACAAGGGAAGCUAAACUACAUUUGGCACUGGCAGAAUUGCCCUUCCUUAGGUUUUGUAUGGCUCAUGGAUUUCAACCUGGAGAAUAUGGAAGGCAAGUAAAAAGAUACAGGAGAUAUCCAUUUGAGGAGCGGGAAAAGAAGUUAAAGGCAGCUCUGGCAUCUUUAAAGAAACAACGAACAUUGAUCCGCAGCAGACGGUCUGGUCAACAGAUACCAACAAUAGCAGUGAUUGGUUACACUAACUGUGGUAAGACAUCAUUAAUCAAAGCUUUAACUGGUGAUGAGGACAUGAUUCCAAGGAAUAAGUUAUUUGCCACGCUAGAUGUUACAGCUCAUGGUGGUUUACUGCCUAACAACAUGAUGGUCAUAUACAUGGACACGGUUGGGUUUCUUACUGAUCUUCCAGGUAGCCUGAAAGAAGCAUUCACUGCAACGCUUGAGGACACAUUACACUCUGAUCUGAUUUUACAUGUGAGAGAUGCAAGCCAUCCAGACCUGGAAGCCCAGAGUUUCAAUGUUACACAGUCUAUACAGAAACUGGUCCCGAAACAUAAGCUGUCCAGUAUGAUAGAGGUCAACAACAAGGUGGACCGGAUUGACCAGUCUGAGAGGGAAAGCAUCAUGGGUAGUGUUCCUGAUCCAGAUGUGUUCUGUAUAUCUGCUGUGACAGGGGAGGGAAUGGAUGAUCUCAGACAGGAAGUACAGAAACGUCUGCUGAAAAAUAUCCAUUUCUUACAGAAGAAAAUCAAGAUACCUCUACAAGGGCCGCAUCUAAGAUGGCUGUAUAAAGAAGCAACAGUGGUUUCCACAGAAACAGACAGUGACCCAGAAAGCCUUAUUGUAAAUGUUUAUAUCAGUCAGGGAAACUACCAAAAAUUCUUGGCUAAUUUCGGACCUAGAAAAACAGCUGGAAUACGGAGAUAGCAGCAGGAGAAAAUCAGAACAAUGUUGAAAUUGUGUGACUGUGAAACUUCAUCACUGAAUAUUAUCACAAGACCGACAGUGACACUAUUAAAAAGAUAAAGUGACAAAAACAUUCGAAAUAUGAUGUUUAUUUCCUGGAAAUUGAUACAUACUGGCACAGAUAAAUAAACAAGAGGGCCAUGAUGGCCCUAUAUCGCUCACCUGA